AUCGCACGUGAAUCCUCACACGAUAUAAUAUACUGCACGUACGUAUCAGCGCACGAAGACGUAAAGGCGAUGAGUGGCAGUGGCAAGAGAUGUACAGCAAGCGAAUGGAAACGACCGACCGGCCCAUCGAACGUCUGGAGGAUAGUCGAGGGUUGCGAGAAAGUACCCGACGAAGGUAAUACUCGAGCCGGCAGUAGCGGAGCCACUGACUUUCGAUUUUCCAUUCGGGAGGUGCCAGAGGACCGAUACCAAGAAGCAAUCGAGCACAUGUGCAAGUAUUUCGUUGCUGACGAGGCAACCUGCAAAUCCCUGAAACUGAAAGAAGAUCGAGAUGCAGUAGAUGACUUUCAGCGCCUUUGGGACUAUUUACUGAAAAUAGGCAUAAGCAUUGGUGCUUACAAAUUAGAUGAAAAUGACACACCGAUCGAACUUGCUGGGAUGAAUGUUUUAUUCGUGGUGACUGACGAGAUUGAGAAGGCCUUGGAAAAAUUUGUGGUGUCCUUCAAGUCAAAGAAAGCAAAAAAAUUAUUCAAAUUCAUGCAAGGGCUAUCGGAGAAGGCGGACGUGCGUGACAUUUACGGAGUGGACAAAUAUAUAUCUGCACUGGGCUUGAGCGUCGCACCGGCUUUUCGUGGACAAAAGCUUGGAGUUCGUUUACUCGAAGCCCGGAACGACAUUGGACGGAAGUACGGGAUAACCGCGACCUCAACUAUUUUCACAGCAACGCCGUCGCAAAUCCAGGCGGAGCGCGCGGGUUUUGAGUGCGUGCUAGUUCAGGAGUAUAGUCAAGUUCGAGAUGAUAAUGGCCAGCUUUUAUUUCCGGACAUAGAGUCGAAGGUGGCGAAGAUAAUGAUAAAACGCUUAAGGUGAAAACCAAUUUAUGGUUGUUAUGUGGUGAUCGUUGCGGUGGUGAAGCGAGUGGUAUCUUGUAUGCUUUAACAUUGGCAUUGCCAUUCUGAUAGAACGAAAAAAAUGAUGUCGUAUAAAUUAUAGUUAAAAAAAAAAAAAUAACCGCAAUAGUUGUAGAUCAAAGUUUAUUUUAUUAUAUUACUGCUUCUUUAAACGCAUGUGUAAUUGUAUAUUCAAUCUAGAAUAUAUUUUAUGAAAUAUGGCAUCGUCGCAUAAUUAUUUUUUACAAAGUUGUAAUUUGGUACCUAAUGCAAUCAACAGCUUUGUACAUGUGGGUUGAUUCUUCGCUGUGACGUGGCGGUGCCCAUGCGUAUCCUUUGUCAUUAAAUACAACCAAUCAGACUCUAAUAUAAUAGUUGCAGUAGUACGAAUGGAAACAUAACCAAAUUUUGCCAAUAUACCUUGUACCAAAACCAAUAUACCUUUCAGAAAAAUAAUUUAAAACUCAAAUAAUAAAUUAAA